AUGGCAAAUCAGCUCAAGGUAAUUGCAAUAAACAAUCCCUCAUGGCCACAGCCCAGUCCUCCUUUCAAUUCAAACAAUAUCUCAAUGGGGUUGAACAAUCCGAUUCCAAGGAGCUUGAAGAGCGAAUGCCGCAAAGCAGCCAAAGUGCUUGCGUCCUUCAUCAAGCCAAACCAGGUCUUUGGUGCUGAUGAAGUCAUCCCCAGGGAUGUGCUACAGAAUGCCAAGGGACUCGCCGUGAUGACCGUUAUCAAGGCUGGUUUCUUAUUUUCGGGUAGGGCCGGUUCCGGAGUUGUUGUUGCGAGAUUGCCGGACGGUUCAUGGUCUGCGCCGAGUGCCAUUGUCACUGCCGGUGCCGGAGUAGGCGGCCAAAUUGGUGCCGAAAUCACUGACUUUGUCUUCAUUCUGAACAGUCAGGCAGCCGUGGACUCGUUUGCCCAAUUUGGCUCGGUUACUUUGGGUGGAAACGUAUCGGUUGCCGCUGGACCCCUCGGCCGCAAUGCUGAAGCUGCUGGUACCGCCUCAUUGAAGAGUGUAUCGGCUGUCUUCUCCUACUCCAAGACCAAGGGGCUUUUUGCAGGUGUGUCUGUUGAAGGCUCUGUUCUGGUGGAGAGAAGAGAGGCUAACAGGAAGUUUUACGGCGACAACUGCAAGGCUGCACAAAUUCUUUCCGGCCGUGUUGAGCCCCCAUCCGCAUGUGAGCCUCUUUUCCGGGUUCUGGAAUCGAGGGCCUUCACGAAGAGUUCCGCCAUGGACGGAGAAUACUAUUCUGAUGACGAGUACUACAACGACAUUCCUUCCAGAUUCAGCAGUGACUCUUCUUCGCUGGACCGCGCCGGAUCCAGAAGGUCCCACGGCAGAAGCAGACAGUCACGUGAUCCAUAUGACAGCGACGACGACGACUACGAGGGUGCGGCUGGCUACUACAGUCGCAGAAGGUCCCCUCCAAGCACCCAGGGUAAGAAGAACCCCAACUCAUGGGAAGACGAUUUGUAUGAUAGGGUUGAUUCCGGUGGAAGGAACAGAGCGUCCUCGAACGGGGGUUUCAGACCAAGAACGCAGAAGCCAGACUUCGGACACGGUUCCAAAGCGGCUACUCCACCUGCGUCUGGGUCCCGUGGAAACAAGGCCAUUGCUCUGUUCUCUUUUGAGGGAGAACAGGCUGGAGAUCUGCCUUUCAAAAAGGGUGAUGUCAUAACCAUCGUGCAAAAGUCAAACUCCACAGACGAUUGGUGGACUGGCAAGAGUAAUGGCAAGGAGGGCAUCUUCCCAGCUAAUUAUGUAGAACUUGUGUAA